AUGUGGGAUGAUUGCAAAUUUUAUCCGGAAAAUGGGAUUGAAGUUCUUCGUCUCAUGUCAUUGGUAAAAAUUGGAGAUGACAAUGAGCUAAUGAUGCAUGAUCAGCUUAGAGACCUCGGUAGGAAUAUUGUCCGUGAAGAAAAUUUUAAGAAGCCGGGGAAGCCUAGCAGGGUGUGGUUGCAUAAGGAUGCCACCGACAUCUUGGAGAGUCAUACAGAGCAUUUUUGUCUUUUCACGUUUUGCGUGUUGGGCACCGUGGGGUGUGCCAGAGUCAUGCCUCCAAAGAGACAUAGAGAAGCAGAUGAUGGUGGGGAGCAGGACGAGCUCUUUGAUUGGGACCUUUUGGUUAAGAAUUUGGUUGAGGCCAUGACAAACUUUGUAUUAGGAGAUUCAUUGUUUAGUCAUCUUGAGGUUGUUAAGUGUAAUGAUUGCAGAAUCAUGCGGUUGAUGGGAACAAGAAAGGUUGAAGCUAUCUGUGUUGACUUUGAAACAGAGCCACAAGCACGUUUAACAAAUGAAGAAUUUGGAAAACUAUCUAAUCUAAGGUUCCUUCAAGUUGGCAAGGCAGAGCUAGAUGGAGAUUUCAAGGGUCUUCUUUCAAAUUUAAGAUGGUUUCGCUGGAACAGCUGCCCUGAAAUUUUUAGACCAACCAAUUUUCAUCUAAAGAAUUUGGUCAUUCUUGAUUUAUCAUGGAGCAAUGUCACAGAAGCCUGGGAAGGUUGGAAUCAUAUGAAGAUUGCAAGAAAGUUGAAAGUUCUAAAUCUCACAGGUUGCUAUCGUAUGGUUAGAACUCCUGACUUCUCUGCAUAUGCAAAUUUAGAAAGGUUAAUUCUUGAAGAAUGUGAUAGUUUGGUUCAUAUUGACCCAUCAAUUGGGUAUCUCAAGAGUCUAGCUUUCUUAAAUUUGAGGUAUUGUGCUCGACUCAACAGGCUGCCUUUGGAAUUUUAUUCCUUGGAAGCUUUAACAGAGCUCCUCAUUGAUGGUACUUCUAUAAAAGAAGUCCCUAUUGGUAGAGGUGUUAUGAAGAAGCUUGAAACUCUUAGUGCUGCUGAAUGUGGGUCAUUGACUCAAAUUUCUACCUCAAUUGGUCACCUAAAAUCUCUGUCCGGCCUUAUAUUAGAUUGUUCAUAUAUCACUGAACUACCAGGCUCAAUUGGUUCACUAGUGAAAUUGCGACGCUUGUCACUGAAGGGCUGCAAAUUAGAAGAACUUCCAGAGUCCAUUGGGAAAUUAGAAUCAUUAAUUGAGCUGCGCUUGUCAUGGGCAAAAUUUACAGAAUUACCUGAUACCAUUGGCAACCUGAAGCGCUUGAGAAUUCUUCAGAUUAGCAAUUCUUCGAUUGUGAAGUUACCUAGUGCCACCAGAAUGUUACUGGAACUUGAAGAGUUAGAUGCGUCGAGUUGUUUCAAUUUGGAGAGGUUACCUGAUCUAUCGAACUCGAAAAUGAUGAAAGUUUUAAAUCUGUCCUAUUGCCGGAAGCUACAUGAGAUUGAGGGUCUUAAGGGUUUGAAAUCCUUGAAGACGUUGAACUUGACACAUUGCAUAGCCUUGGAGAGGAUACCUGAUCUAUCGAACUCGAAAAUGCUAGAAGAAUUAAUGCUGUCCAAUUGCCACAAGCUACAUGAGAUUGAGGGUCUUAAGGGUUUAAAACACCUGAAGACGCUGAACUUUUUAUUUUGCACAGCCUUAGAGAGAUUACUUGAUCUAUCGAACUUGGAAAUGCUGGAAGAAUUAAAUCUGUCCGAUUGCCAGAAGCUAAAUGAUGAGGUUGGGGAUCUUAAGGGAAUAAGAUCCUUGAAGAUGCUGGACUUGUCAAGUUGCACAGGCUUAAAGAGGUUACCUGAUCUAUCGAACAUGGAAAUUCUGGAAGAAUUAAAGUUCUACAAGUGCCAGAAGCUACAUGAUAUUGAGGGUCUUAAGGGUUUGAAAACCUUGAAGACGCUGGACUUGCGAAAUUGCAUAGGCUUGGAGAGGUUACCUGAUCUCUUGAACUUGGAAAUGCUGGAAGAUUUAAAGCUCUUCCAGUGUCAGAAGCUACAUGAUAUUGAGGGUCUUAAGGGUCUAAAAUCCUUGAAGAGGCUAGACUUGUCAUAUUGCACAGCCUUGGAGAGUUUACCUGAUCUAUCGAGCUUGAAAAUGCUGGAAGAAUUAAAGCUCUACAAGUGCCAGAAGCUACAAGAGAUUGAGUGUCUUACGGGUUUUGAAAUCUUGAAGACGCUGGACUUGCGAUAUUGCACAGCCAUGGAGCGGUUGCCUGAUUUAUCGAACUCAAAAAUGCUUAAAGUAUUAGACCUCUACCAGUGCGAGAAGUUACAUGAGAUUGAGUGUCUUAAGGGUUUGAAAUCGUUGAAGACACUAAACAUGUCAGUGUGCAUAUCCUUGGAAAGAUUGCCCAAUCUAUCGAACAUGGAAAUGCUUGUACAAUUAAAUCUCGCCAAGUGCCAGAAGCUACAUGAGAUUGAGGGUCUUAACUCUUUGAAAUCCUUGAAGAUGCUGGACUUGUCAUCGUGCAGAUCCUUGGAAAGAUUGCCUGAUUUAUCAAACUUGAAAAUGCUGGAAGACUUAAAGAUCGCCCACUGCCAGAAACUACAUGAGAUUGAGGGUCUUAAGGGUUUGAAAUCCCUGAGGACGUUGGAUUUGUCAUAUUGCACAGCCUUGGAGAGGCUACCUGAUCUAUCGAACUCGGAAAUGCUGAAAGAAUUAAAGCUCUUCCAGUGCCUGAAGCUACAUGAGAUUGAGUGUCUUAAGGGCUUGAAAUCCUUGAAGACGCUGGACUUGUCAUAUUGCACUGCCUUGGAGAGGUUACCUGAUCUAUCGAACUCAGAAAUGCUUGAAGAAUUAAAGCUCUUCCAGUGCCAGAAGCUAAAAGAGAUUGAGUGUCUUAAGGGUUUUGAAAUCUUGAAGAUGCUAGACUUGCGAUAUUGCAGUGUCUUGGAGAGGUUACCUAUUCUAUCGAACUCAGAAAUGCUGAAAGGAUUAGACCUCUACCAGUGCGAGAGGGUACAUGAGAUUGAGGGUCUUAAGGGUUUGAAAUCGUUGAAGACACUGAACUUGUCAUUGUGCAUAUCCUUGGAAAGAUUGCCUGAUCUAUCAAAUUUGAAAAUGCUUGUACAAUUAAAGCUUGCUGAGUGCCAGAAGCUACAUGAGAUUGACGGUCUUAAGGCUUUAAAAUCCUUGAAGAUGCUGGACUUGUCAUCUUGCAUGUCCUUGGAAAGGUUGCCUGAUCUAUCAAACUUGGAAAUGCUGGAAGACUUAAAUCUCUCCCACUGCCAGAAGCUACAUGAGAUUGCGGGUCUUGAGGAUAUGAAAUCCUUGGAGAUGCUGGACUUGUCAUCAUGCAUAGUCUUAGAGAUGAUACCUGAUCUGUGGAGACUAACAACUUUAAAGGAAUUGCGACUCCGUAACUGUGAGAAACUUAGUGAGAUUUGCGGACUUGGAGAAUUAACAUUCUUGGACAUUUCUGGAUGUAUGCAUGAUUUGAUGGAAAAUGCAAGUCCUGCUGGAAAAAUUAAUGGAGAUAGGGAGAUUGAAAUAGAGGAUGGCUCGAAAUUUCCGGCAAGUAGUUCUCCGUUUACGAGGCAGAAGAAGGUGGACAUGGGAAGACAUGCAGAAAAGAGGCAACAGAUGCCUACCUGCCUGUGUCAUGACAAGGCUCAUUCUUAUCAUGGUUUGGAGAGAGCUCAUAAGAAAUCUCAACACCUACUCAAACCUUUUGGGACCGAUUUGGUCUUUAAUAUCGUUCAGGUACCUCAUAAACUCCUCUCUCUGUCUCCAUAUUAUCAACAUGUGAAGUUCUAUAGCAACAACAAUUAA